UUUCUUAUAUUGCUUAUAGAACUUUUCGAUACAUUAAUCACUAUAACUUUUAUUGUAUAUAUAUCUGUUAGUUAAUUCCUACUUAAAAGACAUGAAAGCACGGUCUGAUGCGCAGUUAGACGCAAUGCGACGUGACAACGAAGCUAUGAAGUCUACUACGUCGAUUGUUGGUGUGGCACGACUCGAUGCUAUUCGUGCUGCUGAUAUCAGAACUCCAAAAAUGCCAAAGAGUGAACGUGUGUGCAAAUUACUUAACACUGUAUUCGGGGAAUUUCUGGGCAGAUGUAUUUUACUCGGCUUAUGCGGUGUUACAAUUUGGAGACUUCAUUUAAGCGAUCCUAAGUUUCCGCAUUGGGGUUACGCUUUGCUGUCAAUUGGGAUUCUGUUGUCUAUCGUCGACUGCCUGCAAUCAUUGUGGUACAAAAGCAAAAUCUACGGUUACUGGCACUUUUACAAGUACAUUCACUGGAACGGUAGAACGUGGUUCGACCCGAAUACGUUGUUUUGUUUGCUUACAAUUAUACCGGUUCUGAUUUGUACUGAACUGGCUAUAUACAAUUUUCGACAGCAAGAAAUCUUAAGCGGAUCAGCAGAACAUGAGUUUGGUUUGACAACUGAGCAACCUAACGGAACAUUUUUAGAAAUGACAACGGUUCAUGGCUCUGGUGACGGUUUAAUUAGGACUAUGUCAACUGCUUCUAACUACAGUACUACAGUGGGGUUAUCAGUCAACUCAACAUUGCAGUCUAGUUCAACUCCGUUACCAAAAGGCAGAGAUUUUUCAUUGUACAUUUUGCACGACGCUGCGUGCAUUUUGGUCGUUUUAGUCAGAUUUCUAAUUCGGAAACCGGAGGGACUUCCCCCCUCACGUCAUAAUCUACUGCUUUUCGAAAUGCUGCUGAAUGCAGUUGAUUUGAGUACGUUUAUUGUGAGCAGUUUGGACCAGGAAAUUAUUUAUACAGAUCUUAAACUGUUAAUUGCCGUGAUCGUGUUUUGGGGCUUGGGGUUUUUAAGCCUGGUAUUAGUUGUAAGUCGCCGUUUUGCGGAUGUGGAAUUCGAAACGGACCGAAAAAAGCUUGAAACUCUCUACUGCAUAGUACAAAUAACAUUACAGGAACUGCCUAGACUUGUAUUUCGAAUUUUGAUUUUAGUUUGGGCGAAUAAUUUAGAAGGACCUACAAUUAGUAAUGAUGUAUUAUUUGCAUGCAAAAACGCGUUCUGUAUGCUGCUUUUUUGCCAUCGAAUUUUUAUAACAUGGCGUUUUACAGACACAAAUCGCCGGUAAUUUUAUGAACAUACAUUUGUUUCUUACGUAUAUUAACCCUCGUUUUUUGCCAAAAUAUAAAAUUAUACAAAAAAGUUAUACCAUAAUAGUUUUAGAGUACUAUAUGUUUAGGUAUCUAUGGUUAUGCUAUAGCGGUUUUUCUUAACAAAAACUAAGCUCAAUUUUUAUUAUUACUGUACUGUUACUUUUAGCAAUGCCAAUACUGACAAAUACUACACGCACAUAUAUACCUUUUAUAUAACUAAAAUAUUUUACAUAAAAGUUCUUUUUUAAUUAUAAAAUUAGGAAAUAACCACAAAUUACAUAAGUAGUAACUCGUAAGCGUGCACGAGUUGUAUGAAACGGAGCACCCGUGUUAUAACGACUGUAGUAGUUCCGCAAAUAUGAAUUAUUGACAUUCAUUCACCUUCACCAUAUAUAGACUUUUGAUUAUAAAGUAUAAUAAACCAUUUUAUCAAAUUUUGUUUACAGUAUUAAAACUUCGUUAAACCGAAGUUACAUAUUUGUAUAUGCGUCUUACCUCUGCUUUCUGAUGUAAAAAAUACACAAAUAACCUUUACAAAUACUUGUCUAUUUGGCCACUGUUUUCUAAACUUCUGUUGACUGCUGUCAAACUUUUAAAUUUGAACAUCAAAUAUGCUGUACAAUAGAUAAGUCAUUAGACAGUUAAACAUAAUAGCCGUUUCACAACGUGCGUAAAUACAAAUUUACUCAGAAAUAAAA